GGAGUUAUUCCGCUCCUCCGCAGUAAUGGUGACUUGGCUGCGCUGGAAGGGAGCUCAAUGCUGUGUUGUGGCCAUCCAACACGACUUCUGAGAGAUUUCCGAAGAAGAUAUUUGUUAGGUUUUUUUUUAACUGCGGACGGCUCGGAUAACAAUACCUGCCAGUUUAGUGGAUUUUUGUAGCUGAACGCGCCGCGGAGACCUGUUGCUCGCCUGCCUCGCCGCAUAGUCAACUACUAUCCAAGAUGUUGCCUUGUGGAUGGGAUGGCCGCUGGUCCCGUUUGUGUGCGCACUCAUAGCCUCCGUCGGAGUGCCGAACAUUUCCCGUACAAGUGAUUUUGAAGCUCUUCUCGACUGGGAAGAUGCAUGUGUCUCUGGCAGAAGCCUUGGAGGUUCGGGGAGGGCCACUCCAGGAGGAGGAGGUCUGGGCAGUGCUCAGCCAGAGCGCUGAGAGCCUCCAAGAACUCUUUCACAAAGACCCUGCAGCCAUGGGCUUCAUCAUCUCUCCCUGGUCCCUCCUGCUCAUGCCCUCUGGCAACAUCUCAUUCACAGACGAGUAUGUCACCCAGCAGGACUUAAGAGCCUUCACAGCCCCAGAGGUCCUGGAAGGGGUCUCCCUGACUACCGUCUCUGAUAUAGAGAAGAUGCACAUGUACUCUCUGGGGAUGACCUUGUUCUGGGGAGCUGACUACGAGAUCCCCCAAAGUCAGCCUAUGAAGCUGGGGGAACACCUAAACAGCCUGCUCCUCAACAUGUGUGAUGAUGUUACAGUGAGUCGAAUGUCGUUGCGCACGGUGCUGGACAUCUGCAGCAAACACAUAAGAAACUCUAGUUGUGACCCUCCCUUCUCCUAUAUCAGAAAACUGGUCCGGUUGGUACUGGGCAGCCUUUCUCAGCUGGACGGUCUGCUGACUGAUAGAGAGUCUCUUCCGGAGCGGAGUAAGGAGAUUCGAGAGAGGCUAAGGGGCAAGGGCUUGCCCUCAGGGAGGAGUGCCGCCCCCAGGGUUCUAGAGCGCUACAAAGCCAGGACUCAGGAGCAGACGUCUCUUAACCGGGGCCUCAGUCGUUCCAUGGGCUCUCUGCCAAUCCAGGACCUGUUGAAGGGAGAUGAGGGGGCAGCCCUACAGUAUUCCCCAUCUGACUAUCACCCUAACUCCGAAUCCCCCACAGAAUUCUACCCCAGACCCCCCUCACUCCAGCACCAGCACUCCUAUCCCUAUCUGCACCCCCUUCACCCCCAGCAAAAGGGGCGACCUGUAGAACUGGACAGGAGGUCUUUACCCUUCUACAGUGGGGACGUGCGCACUAGUCAGGCCAGGAAGAACUGGGCUUCCUCAGUGGACUUGGCUUACAUUGACCCAGAGGCUCUUCGUUUUGGGGCGUUGGAGGAUGCGCGGAGGGGCAGCAGUGCCAUAAGUACCCAAUCCAUAGGCAGGCGCAAGUCGCCCUUGCGGGCAUCCAGGGAGAGGGAUUCUCACUUCUCUGAGUUUGGUGGGCUGAAGAGUAGGAAGCCUCAUCACCACUCAGCCUUAUCGGUAGGCUCGGGCCUCCCUGGAGCCUAUGACAGGAUAAGGGAAAAACAGAGGAAACUUCAGGUGCUAAGGCAAGCAGUGGAUGACCCGGUCCACACCCACCAGAGGUACCACAGUGAUUACAGUUCAUCCAGCGAAAGCCCCUCAGUGGCCUCCUCUGAUCCAGACUACAGACAAGCUAAGAAACCAGGCGAGGUGAGGAGGUUUGGCUCCCAGGCGGCCCUGUCCUCUGAACAUGAUGCCCUGUCGCUGACGAGUCACAACACACACAGGCACAGGCUGUAUGAGGGGGCAGCUGAUGAAGGUCUGGUCGGAGCAGAGCUGCUCCUCCAGAGGCAGGAGGAGGAGGUGCAGCGGCUCCAGGCCCACCUGGCCAGCAGGCUGUCCAGGGCAAACCUCUACCCCACAGAUGACCCCUUGGCCCCAUCUCGCACUUCCAUGCUCGACCUACGAGACCCACUCCACACCUCCUCUGUGCCACUUCGCAAACCCAAGAACUUCCUUGGGCCUGAGUUUGUGAAGAUGGCCAGUGAGCCCCCUGUUGCCUUAUCUGUUCCCUCUUCAAUAAUGAAACGCGGUAAAGUGGAGGAAGUGCAGAGGAAGGUGGGUGUCGUGCUGCUGAAUGGCCAAAAGCUGGAGCUGAGCUGUGACAUCAAGGCAGUGUGUAAAGAUGUUCUUGAUAUGGUGGUGGCCCACAUCGGGCUUGUGGAGCACCAUCUCUUCAGCCUAGCAUACCUCAGAGAAAAUGAGUUUUUCUUCGUUGAUCCUGAUGCCAAACUGUCCAAAGUGGCCCCAGAGGGAUGGAAGGAGGAUCCUAAGAAGAAGAAAUCUGAUGUGCCUUUCAAUCUUUUCUUACGCAUCAAAUUCUUUCUUGAUGACGUCAACCUCAUACAGCACGCUAUGACCAAACAUCAGUACUACUUACAGCUGAGGAAGGAUAUCUUGGAGGAGAGGAUGCGCUGUGACACAGAAAAUGCCAUCCUGUUAGCUUCACUGGCACUGCAGGCUGAAUUCAGUGACUACCAACCUGAGCUCCAUGGAAAGACCUACUUCAGACUGGAACACUACCUCCCCGUGUCUGUCCUGGAUAAGGUGGACCAGACGACCAUCAAGGAGGAGCUGCCAAAACUUCACAGCAACUACUACGGAGCAUCUGAGUCUGAGGCAGAGUUCGAGUUUCUCAAGGUGAGCCAGAGGCUGACAGAGUAUGGUGUCCAUUUCCAUCGGGUGCUUCCUGAGAAGCGGUCCCAGACGGGCAUCAUGCUGGGUGUCUACUCCAAGGGGGUGCUCAUCUUUGAGGUGCUUAACGGAAAUCGUACCCCGGUGCUAAGGUUCCCCUGGAGGGAGACAAAGAAGAUUUCCUUCAUAAAAAAGAAGAUUUGCCUCCAGAAUACAUCAGAUGGGAUUAAGCACCUGUUUCAGACAGACAGCAAUAAGACCUGUCAGUAUCUGCUACAGCUCUGCUCUGACCAGCACAAGUUCCACCUGCAGAUGAAGGCCCGCCAAAACAACCAGGAGCUGCAAGACCUAGAGAACUCCCCCUUGAGCAGUUUGCAGUAUUCUCUUGACCCUCGGAGUGGAGACUCAGUGGGGAGGACGGUGAGCUCAGGCAGCCUGGCCCCCACUUUAUCGACGCGCUCCAACCCAGACCACCUGAAGAGGAUCUCCUACUCAGAGGUGGCCCUCCACAAGGCACCGUCUGGCCCAAUAUUGGUCCAAGAUGAGCUUCACUUUCCAGGUUUCAAUCCAGUGGCCUCCACGGUCCUUUCCAAUCCACGGAUAAUGAGCCGCUCCCACCACAACCUGGGACAAAUGCCAGAGUCCUCUGAGCACAGGGUGGCAGAGUCAUAUCGUGGCCAGUCGCACAGUGGACUGAGUCAGGCACAACCCGGCCAAGUGGCCUCUCACUUCCAGCAACACCAGAGAGCCAGCUCUGACACAGACUCCCUCUCGCACCAGCAGGACAAAUCUUUUGGCACAGUGUCCCACAGCAGCCCGGUGUGGAGUCUCAGCAGGUCCAAAAAAGAAUCUGACUCUUCCUCCAUAGAGGACACUGGCCAAGCAUAUGUAGUAGGUGUCAGUAUGCACAGUUCCUCUGGACCACCUUCAACCCCAGCCUCUGUUAACGAGUCCCUCAAGAAAAAGCUCAUUACCUUGCCAUCUCCAGAGAGAGAAAUCACAACUGUAAAUCUGAAGAAAGAUGUGAAAUAUGGCCUGGGGUUCCAGGUUGUUGGAGGGGAGAACUCUGGUCGUAUGGAUCUCGGCACCAUCAUUAGCUCCAUCACUCCUGGGGGUCCUGCUGAUCUCAACGGCUGCCUCAAACCUGGUGAUCGGCUGAUCUCAGUGAAUGAUAUGAAGCUAGAAGGGCUCUCUCAUGCCACCACGGUUGACAUUCUCCAAAAUGCUCCCGAUGAUGUUUCUCUGAUGGUGUUACAGCCCAAAGAGAGGCUCUACAAAGACUCUUCUUCAGGCUACACUCCCUACCAAGCCAAGUCUGCGUUGAAGAUACUUAACUCUGGCCAGAAAAGAGAACAGGACGUUGAUACCUCAUCAGAGGAGCAGAUGGGAACAGGAAGCCCCAGCCCCACCCUCCACAGUGCUGGCACACCUUCAUCCACCUCCUCCCCAGUCCACCAGCACACCAGCCCCAGUUUUCAGGACUCCAGGAAAAGCAGUCUUGCUAAAAUCAGCCCACCCCCUGCUAAUGGAGUUCAGCAGUGUCUGGAAAGAGCUACAGCUACUGCCAAACCUGCAUCCGCUGUCCAACAUCAUAGACCAGAACCUAAUGUGGGUUCGGAUCCUAUGCCGCCGGCUCUGCCACCCAAAACUAGAAAAGCUAAAGUGUCAGAAGCUCCCAAAGUUUCUGAGCAUUCUGAUUUUGGGGAUUCAGACAUGGAUGAGGAGACAUAUUCCAGUAGUCAAGAGAAACUCAAAGUCAAAAAGGAAUACAUCAUGGAAAAUUUAAAUGGUAAUGCCCCAGGGGUCAAUAGUCUCCGUCCAGGAGAACUAUUUGACGUUGAGCUGUCUAAAAAAGACAGCAGCCUGGGCAUAAGUGUCACGGUACUGUUCGGCAAGGGAGGAGUCAACACGACUGUUCGACAUGGAGGCAUCUACGUUAAAGCCAUUAUACCAAAAGGAGCUGCUGAGCUCGACGGAAGGAUACAGAAAGGUGACCGUGUGGUGGCCGUCAAUGGAAAAAGUCUGGAGGGAGCCACUCAUCAACAAGCAGUAGAGGCUCUCAGAGACACUGGGCAGACGGUGCACUUGUUGCUGGAGAAGGGUCAUCUGCCUGCAGACAGUGUCCAUGCUCCCCUCACGCCUCAGUGCACGCCACGAACUUCUGGCAACGACCAAGACCAGGCCAAGAGUAAAGAGCAGCCACUUGAGGUCAAAGAAAAACCAGAGUACAGCUUUGUUACGAAAGAUAAUGUGUUUGAGGUGUGUCUGCUGAAAAACACGUCAGGGCUGGGCUUUAGUUUCAGUCGAGAGGAGAACAUCCCUGACGAACCUCCCGGCUCCAGCAUGGUGCGGGUUAAAAAGCUGUUUCCUGGCCAACCAGCUGCAGAGAGCGGUCGCAUUAACGUGGGCGACGUCAUCAUGCGGGUCAAUCAGACGCCCCUCAAAGGACUCUCACAACAUGAGGUGAUAUCAGCCUUGCGAGGAACAGGACAGGAAGUAACUUUGCUCCUCUGUCGACCUGAAUAUGGAGUUCUUCCCGAAAUGGACACUUCAGCUUUGACACCCAUGCCAUCACCCAGAAAGGAGCCAGUGACCCAGGCAGAGUCCAGCCUGAGCUUUGGCAGGACAGCCUCUCCUCCGGGUAUACAAGGCAAGAGGAGUCAGGGCCCCGUGGAGGAAGCCCUGGAGAGGCUGCUGCACAAAACCCCUGGCAGACACAACAGCUACAGCGACAGCACCGACGGGGAUGAGGAGGUGGAGGAAGCCUUCAGCCCGAGCCCUGUGGAGCAUAGCAGGCAAACUUGGGAUCGGAGUGUCUACCACACCCCCAGCAGCAACCUGGGACUGGGACGCUACGACAGCACUGGUCAGCUGGACGACACCGUCACCUCAGCCUUCUAUUCCCCAAACCUGUCGAUGACGAGAUCAGACCUCAGCAAGAGGGGUCCUUCAUCUCCUGUGACAUCUGAUCUGGAGUCAUCCCACCUGCACAUGGUGUCGUCCCCCAAUGCCCCAAGCCCUGAUCCUCUGCCCCCUCCACUGCCUCUGCCAUUAAACCUCACCGUGUCCGGCAAUGGACAGGACAUGGAGGACUUUGUCCCGGAAGUCGAGCUAAAGGUCUCCUUGGUGAAGUCAGAAAAAGGCAGCCUGGGCUUCACCCUCACCAAAGGUAACGAUCAUGGGUGCUACAUCCAUGACAUUGUCCAAGAUCCAGCCAGAGGAGAUGGAAGGCUCAGACCUGGAGACCGAAUGAUUAUGGUGAACAACACAGACGUAAGCAAUAUGGGCCACACCGAGGUGGUCAAUCUUGUGCGUGCGGCCCCCCGUGUUGUAGAUUUGGUGGUGGGGAGGGUCCUGGAGCCUCCUAAGCCCCCCAUAGAGGCCCACCUGCUGCCUGACAUUUGCUUUAAGGGCAGCCAAGAUCCACUAGGUCUGGAACUGGAUGGUGGCAGUGACAGCGUAUUCGAUGUCUUGUUUGUGAAAAACAUCCAUCCCGGUUCAGUGGCCUUUAAGGAGGGCAGCCUGAGACCACUUGAUCUAAUCCACUACAUCAGCGGUGCUCCUACGCAGGACCUGACUCUCAGUGAGAGCACCAGACUGUUGGAGCUGUCCCUCGACAACCUCACUCUCAAAGCCACAAGGGAUGGAAAGCCUGUUUAUCCUGGGCAGAAAAGUGUCACUUUUCUCAACAACAACAUUAGUCCCAAGGUUUCAUCCAGCAUAAAUGGGUUUCUCAAAGGAGAAGAUCCGAGAGAUACAGAGGGUGUUGCAGCACUUUGUCCUUUAGAGGAGGAGAUCAUAAGGCUGGAUCUGGAGAAGCUGCAGUCAGGAGGUCUGGGUUUCUCUGUCAUCGGAGGGGAGAGGGGGAUCUUUGUCAAGUCCAUCACACCAGGAGGGAUAGCAGAGGCCUCGGGCAAAUUGCAAGUGGGAGACAGGCUGCUGAAAGUGAAUGAUGAACUGAUGACAGGCGUGUCCCACACCAAAGCUGUCACCACCAUCCGUAAAGCUAAAGGCCUGGUGCAUCUUAUAGUGUCCAGACCACCAGACCAGAACCCAAACACAUAUCUGGCCUAUCUGCCCAUCAACUCUGACAAGUGCAAUGGAAACACAGAUCUGAGUGAGGACAGUGGAGCAAAGACGAAGCUGUUUUCUUUCCAUGAUAAGCUGAAAUCUGGCAGCUUCCCUCCCAUACCACCGAUAGACUAUGAGGAUGAUCCACGAGAACGGAAAAGAGAGACGGAGCACAGUGCUGAGCUCUCAGAGGACACAGACUGUGAUGGUUCCUCUUUACCCGAAGACUCCCCUGAGAGUUCCCGUAAAGUGGAAUGGCAAGAGGAAAAUGUUGAUGAUCCGAGGAAUGAAAACUAUCUGCAGAUGAGUGCUGGACAGCCAGAGGAAGAUGAAAUCACAUGGGGAAGUGAUGAACUGCCUAUUGAGAACAUGAACUCUAGAUCAAGAGAUGACGGACCAAUCAUCACAGAGGAUGAGCUGACCUCUCUGCCCCUCGUCAAAGUGGUCCCUGAUGGCCAGUACACAGGACCCAAGCUCAACACUGUGGUCCGCAUGAUGAGGGGGCUCCUGGAGCAGAAAGUCCCGCUGCAAGAGUUUGAAUUAACCAUGUUACAAGUAGAAAUGUUGCCUUUGCGCCAAGAACAACAGCAGAGAGAAAAAGAAAACUUAACUUUUCAGAGUAAUCUUCAGAAUCUGCAGCCACUGGACGACUGUUUGAUAGGUCAGACGAAGGAGAACAAGAAGAAGAACCGUUACAAGAACAUUGUUCCCUUUGACACAACUCGCGUUAUGCUGGGCAAAGAUGGUGGCUACAUCAACGCCAACUUCAUCAAGAUGCCGGUGAAGGAUGAGAACUACAUGUACAUUGCAUGUCAGGGUCCCUUACCCACCACUCUGGGUGACUUCUGGCAGAUGGUCUGGGAGCAAAAGUCUAAUGUAAUCGCCAUGAUGACCCAGGAAGUGGAGGCAGGGAAAGUGAAAUGUCAGCGGUACUGGCCUGACACGCCGAGGACAGCAGAGAUGGUGGACGACAGGUUGCAGAUCAUGCUGAUCAAAGACCAAUAUCUCGACAACUUUGUCAUCCGGCUCAUCGAGGUCAAAGAUGUCCAGACCAAUGAAACACAGCUCGUAACUCAUCUGAACUACACGGGAUGGCCAGACCACGGGACGCCCUCACAACCUGAGCAGUUGCUCACGUUUAUUUCCUACAUGAGGCACGUUCAUCGGUCAGGGCCCAUAAUCACACACUGCAGUGCAGGCAUCGGUCGAUCAGGAACCCUCAUCUGUAUCGACGUGGUUCUGGGGCUCAUCAGUAAAGAUGCUGAUUUUGAUAUUUCAGAUGUGGUAAGGAACAUGAGACUUCAGCGACAGGGAAUGAUCCAGACAGAGGACCAGUAUAUAUUCUGCUAUCAAGUGAUCCUCUACGUCCUCAGAUGCCUUCAAGCAGAGGAAAACAUCUCAGGAUAGUAGGAAAACCACAUGCUGCCAUCACGUAGGCUGGGUGACUGUUUUACAAGAGCUAAACAAUAAUGGAGGAGAGCUGAUACAGGCAGAAAUUGCCAAAUUACACUACAUGUUUGAAAAUGCCUUAAAAUAUUCCUCAAGAGUAAAUCCCUUAAAGAAGUCUAUAUUUUUAUGUUUGCUUUUUGAGUUCUCUCUCUCUCUUUGGCUGCUACUCCUUUACAAUGCAUUUACAAGAACUGCUGAUUGUAUUUCUUAUUGUCACCUACAAGAGAACAAUAAUGGGGGGUUUUUUGCUCCCAGAUUCUUGGAUAUUCUAAAAUAAUUAUAAAAGUGAUCAAUGAUUUCGUAUUUUAUGUGGAACAAAAUUGUACUUGUGUAUUUUGAAUCCUAUUCUGAUGCUGGAACAUGCCUUGACAGAAUACUAUGUCAGUAUUUGCUUUGUAAAUCUAUUAUACAGUAAUUGCUCACUGCCUGAGGUAAAUGAUGAAAUUAAAAGUGUACAUAUUCAUCUCCUGAAAAUUAAACUGGAUACAUUUUAAAGGU